AUGCCGACCUCAUCACCUCAACAAGCCUCGAACCAGCAAUCGCACACUCCCUUCUCCUCUCGUCCGGUAAAAGCAGCUCCCAUACCACGCUCUGAUGCUUUACGGGAACGUCGAAGGGACAUGUUCCUUCGAAAGGUCCGCCAAUCUCGCGAUGACAAUAAGUGGGACUCGAGAAUAGAUGAUAUGGCCAGACUUGACUACCUCAAAGAAAAGCGACGAUGGGAAGCCGAACAAGUACGAUCCGCACCACCCCUAUACCCUGACUUCUCAGAAGCAGAAGAGACAGCGGACUACGAUCUACCCACAUAUAGUAGUCAGAUGGCGAUGGACCCUCGAUCGCAAUCGGGCUUUCCCAUUGACAUAGAGGCCGACGCUAUCUUGCGGCAAGAAGAUGAGGAGAUGGAGGCUUUGAUGGCUCUGAUGCAAGAGGACGAGAAUCGUCGAACCCAACAUUUCAAUAGUCAAGAAGCAAGCGACGAUCGCUCCUCGGCAUUUGGCAGCGAUGAUGAAGAGUACGACAGUAUCUUCAUGAAUCUGAUAGACGAGACUGGUGGAUCGGCCGAUACAUCUGGGCAGCAACAGCAAGAUCGUCAACACACAGCAGAUGAUGAGAUGGACAUGAGCUAG